AUCCAUUCCAGAGCCACGAACAAACUGUAAAAAUACGUCAAUUGUUGCAGACCUCUCAGAUCUGUGGUUGAAGCUCCAGACAUGGCGGCGGCAGUGAUGACAUCUCUCCCCCAGUUCAGUGGGCUAAGACCCCAAUCUCCAUCGCCCAUUUCUCCGGUUCAAAGCCUGGUAGCAAUUCAGCCGAUGAAGCGCAAGGGAAAGGGAGCCCUGGGCGCUCGUUGUGAUUUCAUUGGCUCGCCCACCAAUUUGAUCAUGGUGACGUCGACGAGCCUAAUGUUGUUUGCCGGGAGGUUUGGGUUGGCGCCGUCGGCGAACCGGAAGUCGACCGCCGGAUUAAAGCUGGAGAUAAGGGAGUCCGGGUUGCAGACCGGCGACCCUGCGGGGUUCACCCUUGCCGACACCUUGGCCUGUGGCUCCGUUGGCCAUAUAAUUGGGGUUGGGGUUGUUCUUGGCCUCAAGAACAUUGGUCUCCUUUGAACAAAUUUGUACAAAUCAUCUUUUAGUUCAGUCUGCACAUUGAGAAAUGUUUGUCUGCUUAUGCAACAUUUUAAUGCACUGGUUUGGUUAUAAUUUUGAAA